CCCCGCACCGCCCACAUGUCUGCCUUCCCCCCGGCGCGGAGACGGGCCCAGCCCUGCCUCGUGGCCGCGGGAGUUGCCCCGCAUCCAGGACAGGGCUUUUUCGGUAGGAAACCGGCCUUUUCCCCCUGCACGGCUGCACGCCCGGCGUGGGAGCCGCAGGGCCACUUUGCCAGCCUCGCUUGGACGGUUGCCAUCUUCAUUUCUGAAAUUGGUUUGGAUGCUGCUGGCAAAACAACUAUUCUGUAUAAACUGAAACUAGGAGAAAUUGUCACCACAAUUCCCACUAUUGGUUUUAAUGUGGAAACUGUAGAAUAUAAAAACAUUUGUUUUACCGUUUGGGAUGUUGGUGGUCAAGAUAAAAUUAGACCUCUUUGGAGGCACUACUUUCAAAACACGCAGGGUCUCAUUUUUGUGGUAGAUAGCAAUGACAGAGAGAGAAUUCAGGAAGCAGCAGAAGAGCUGCAGAAAAUGCUUCAGGAAGAUGAGUUGCGAGAUGCAGUACUGCUUCUGUUUGCGAACAAACAAGACCUGCCAAAUGCCAUGGCAAUCAGUGAAAUGACAGAUAAACUAGGUCUUCAGUCUCUGCGUAACAGAACUUGGUAUGUCCAAGCUACCUGUGCUACGCAAGGAACUGGUCUGUAUGAGGGACUCGACUGGCUGUCAAAUGAGCUCUCAAAACGCUAACUCAAACUGGAUGACUCUUUCACCAGGGACAUGUUUGAUAUAAGUGGUCUAGGCUUGUUACAAAAAAAAAAUUAGUUUGCAUCUUGGUUAUUAAACAGUAUCUGGAACUGAUUUGGGCAGGAUAUUACAGCGUUUCAACUUAUUUUGUUGCCAAUUAUUGUUUACCAAGCUACAUGUUGCAGAGGUAGCAAUGGGCUUGGGUAAAAAUAUCUCCUUAACUUGGGGGGGGAAAAAAAAAGUGUAUCUUCUGAUUUUACUUCCCUUGUUAGCCUAAAUGCCUGAAUAUAGUUCUUGUGACAUCUUCAAAAUCUGUUUUGAAUACUUUCUGAGCCCCAAUAAAUUAAUGUUUUAAAGUCUUUUUCCCUGCUACUUUAGUUUACUGAUACCUUAUUUCAUUCCUCAGACAGUCUGCUGAUUUAAAAAUGUAGCAUUCCAUUUGUAUUUAUUUCUCUCCCUUGCCAAAAAAGACUUCCUAAUACUGCUUGUUCCAGCCAAGAAAAUUCUCUAAAACACUAUUCAGAUCUACUGCACUGAGGAACAUUUUAUUAACCCUUGGGUUCCGUCAGCCCAAAUUGCCUUUGUGUGAAUUGGAUUUGUUGGGUAGAAUAGUCCUGCGCUGGUUGCGAAGAGCUCAUGUUUAGGUUGUUUUUAAUAUUCAGCAGAUUGUCUUCCUUUAUAUUGUAUCUUUUUUUUUUUAUGUUGCAUGUUGCUUUUUGGUAUCAGCCUGACUGUUUUUGCCCAGUGUAUAAUAGUUCUGCUGAAAUUUUACUGUUUAUUGGUGAACAUAUCUUCAUAAAGAGAUUUUGGAAAUUCAUCAAACUCUAUGGAUUAGUUUCUUCAUAACCCACUUGGAAUUAUUCCUAAUAAAAUGAUAAAAUAUAGUUUUGUGUAUGCUCUUCUUGAAUCUUAAAAUUGUGGAACUGUCAAAUUAAUAUGAUCACUGUUUUUCUUUAAUUGAGUUUUUUUUCUGUAGCUUGAACGUGAACACAGAUCUCUGAUUUUCACUUGUUUGGAGCUAUUUGGGGGUGGACCCCCUUGGGAGGGGGGCAGUUAAGUUGUAUACAGUGCAGUCAGUAGUCAUCAACAAGAUUUAUAAUUCUGUAAAAAGUGUCUUUUGAAGUUGUAAAUCUAAAAAAUCCUUUUAAGAUGUCCAGAUAUGAAAAUACUAACAGCUAAAAUUGUAAUAAAACAAGUACAAACUGCCCAAAAA